GUUCAUCAAUUGCCUGCGCUUUCUGCUCCUCUGACCAGGCUUGCUACCGCGACCCAGAACCUGCUUGGAGAUGAAGGAGUCGUUCAGAAAGUACGAAACUGACUCCCAGUGAGAAUAUCUGCUGUCCUCUAUUGUCCUCGCUACCUGAUCCCCCAGUUCACGAACAUGGCCGAAAUCGCACCUAGAGAAGUCACUCCGCCUCCGCUUCAAGCACCCACAGCCAAAGAGAAGAAAUACGACAGACAGUUACGACUAUGGGCAGCUUCCGGUCAGAGGGCACUUGAAGAGUCACAUGUUCUCCUGGUCAUUGGCGACGAGAACCACGGGUCCAACAGCAGCGUCGCUGGUGCCGAGACACUCAAGAACCUCAUCCUCCCCAGCAUUGGUAACUUCACCAUCGCCGACCCUGCGACGGUCACAGAUGCCGAUCUAGGUGUCAACUUCUUCCUCGAGACAGACAGUCUACACAAGUCAAGAGCACAAGAGACGAGACGGCUCCUCUCCGAGCUAAAUCCCGAUGUUACAGGCCAUGCCAUCACGACUCCUCUCUCGGAAUGGUUACCGACCGAAACCUCCCUGCAACCGUACAAUCUCAUCCUACUAUGUGCCCCGGUACCCCUGCAAUACUUACAACGGAUAUGCAACUAUGCAACGGAACGAUCGAUACCCGUGAUCUACAUUCAGUCUGCAGGCUUCCUCGCAUCCUUUUCCAUCCAGCUUCCUCACGAAUUCCCCAUUGUUGACACCCAUCCCGACCCAGAGAGCACCCAAGACCUACGGCUGCUGGCACCGUGGCCGGAGCUUGAAGCCGUGGUAGACUCCCUGGGCGACAUCACCUCAUUGCCGGACCACGAACACGGCCACAUCCCUUACAUCAUCCUGCUUCUGCACUAUUUGAGAGAAUGGAGGAAGUCACACAAUGGCUCCUAUCCGUCGACCUUCAAGGAAAAGACGGAAUUCCGAGACCUGGUCCGCUCCGGCGCAAGAACAAACAACCCAGAAGGUAGCGAGGAAAACUACGAUGAAGCAUGUGCGGCCGUUCUGAAAAGUAUCACGCCGCCGCCGAUAGGUAGCGGUUGCAAAGAAAUGAUGAACAUGGCAUCAUGCACAGAUGUCACAAAGGACUCGGCAAACUUCUGGGUAAUAGCCAGAGCCAUCAGACAGUUCUAUGAAACUCACGGCGUCCUUCCUCUCCCGGGAUCUCUUCCUGACAUGAAAGCAACCAGCUCAGAAUACAUCAAGCUCCAGAGCACAUACAAAACCAAAGCACGUGCUGACGUUGCUGAAGUCACUCGAGUGGUCCGAAUGUUGGAAAAAGACCUGUCUCGGACGACAAGUCAUAUUGAAGACUCGGAAAUUGAAGCAUUUUGCAAAAACGCCUCCCACGUCCGCGUCCUGACGAAUACAAAUAACGACCCUGUUCCGUCAUUACGAUUAGCCCUGGGCGACGCAAAGACCCUUGCGCGAUUGCCCACCAUGGUGGAUAAUGACUGGGAAGGCAUGUUGCCUGUCUUUGUGGGCUUGAAUGCGGCGAAUGUGGAUGUCAGUGCUAUGUCAUCCGACGAGGAAGUACAAGCGAAUUAUGCCAAUGCGGUAAAGGAGGUGGAACGGGCCAAGGGCGGUGAACUACACAACAUCUCGAGCGUGUUGGGUGGCAUGGUGGCGCAAGAGGCCAUCAAGUUGCUCACGAGACAGUACGUGCCGGUCGACGGGACUUGCGUAUUUGAUGGUGUAAGGAGCAAGAGCGCCAUUUUCAAGAUAUAAAUAAUUCGCGAUGUCAAUCCUACUUGGCAGGGAGAUGCUCAUAGACACGUCUUAGGCGCAAAGUUGCGAAAAAGUCCCCAGUCUGGAAUACCUACUAAUACCCACCUAAUGUAGGUAGGUAGGCAAACAAAAGUGCGGAUCGACUGAAUACGUGGGUAGUCAAUGAGAAUGGCAAUGAUGAUGAUGAAGAUGACGACCAUGUUAAGAUUGCGUCAGCCAGCAUAAGACUGGCAGUCAAGAAUCAUUAUCUGAUAUGAAAGUAGCUUGCAAAAAUCACAUGGCAGCCCAUUCGACGCUGAACGUCCUGACCUGACCCGCAGGGUCU